AUGGCUGACCAAUACACUCAAUACCCAUCAGUUGCAAAGACUGCUUCAAUCAACGGUUUCGCUGACAGAAUCUACGACCAAUUGCCAUCUUGUGCUCAAUCAUGUGUCCACGAAAACACCGGCUCAACCCCAUGUCCAUACUGGGACACCGGUUGUCUUUGUGUUAUGCCACAAUGGUCUGGUGUCGUUGCUGCUUGUAUCGCUGAUAACUGUAAAGGUGACGAUGUUGUUAAGGCUGAAUCAUUAGCCACCUCCAUCUGUUCAUCAGCCGGUGUUUGGGAACCAUACUGGUUUAUGCCCGCCUCUGUCUCAUCCGCCUUGGACGCUGCUGCCACCGAAGUUGACACCACCCCAAGCUCAACCGCUGAGCCAACCACCACCGAGGCCGCCACCACCGAGGCUGCCACCACCGAAGAACAACCAGCUGAGACUUCUGCAGCAUCUUCAGCUGCUGCUGCUGAAACUACUGAAGGUUCCAACAACAACGAAGGAGAAGCAGAACAACAACAAUCAACUACUGCUGUUCCAGUCUCUGAAAGUACUGCUGUUGCUGGUGGUGAUGCUGAAACUCAAUCCUCAGCUGCCCCAUCUUCUGCUGAAGAACAACCAGAAGAAAACUCUGCUUCAACCGUUGCUGCUUCUUCUACUGAUGACGCUGAAGCUGCUGAAGCCUCAUCUGCUUCAGUCGCUGUUGUCAACGGUGGUGUUGCCAAUGGUGUUGCUGUUGGUGGUGUCAUUGCUGCUCUUGCUGCCUUGAUCUAA